UUCUCUCCUCUCUCGCGCCUUUGGACCUUUCCUCUUGAGACAGAUAGAGAGAGAAAGAGAAUGAAAGCAGCAAAUCCGAGAAACAGGAAUCCAUAAUUGUCCAUCAUCGUAGCAAUUUCCUUCAUCCGAUUGCCUCCUUCACACUCUUCUUCACCUCUUCUCUUCUCUACAUUUCUCUUCUGUUCUUUACUUCUUCCUCUCAUAGCUGAUUAUUCAAGAUAAGGGUUUUGUUUUCUUUACUUGAUUCAUCCUUUUAUCCCAUCUCUUCAACGGAGUUUCGAUCCAGAAGGGCUAGGCCUAGGUCCAGGGCUUCUGCGUUAAUGGAAGCGUCUGUUGGUGGUAAUCCUGAUACAUAUAAUAGAGGUUCUUCUAGGAUAAUUAGUAAUUCAAGAAGAUAUGGAAUGAAUUUAUCUGCAUCAAAUUUCUUCCGUUCUCCAGUUACUUCAUUGUUGGAAUAUGCUGGUAUCUUAAGAACGCGGCCAAAUCAUCAGGAUUCUGAUAGUUUAUUAGGUAAUAGUAUAUCAGUUGGUUUCACAGAUCAUCAUCCUUCAAAUGAAUAUCCAUCUGCUUCAAGGAACAACAACAAUGGGGAAGUUUCUAUUAGGAUAAUUGGUGCUGGGGAACAAGAACGGGAUCAAGCUGGGUCAAUUUUAGAUUCCACAGAGAAUGAAGUGUUUGUUCAGUCCAUGAGCCGAACAGCAUCGACCUCAUCUGUAUCGUCGACAUUGGAAGCUCAGGGAGAUUUAAGGACUGAUAUUGGGGGUCGAGAGAGUCUCGAUCCUCAGUCACUAAAUGGAGGGGUUGAUGCAGAUUCUAUGGAUGGGUCUGGGGUUAAUAGUAGGGAUUCUUCUUCACAAAGAUAUGAUAUACAGCAAGCAGCUAGGAUGAUUGAACAAGUCCUUCCGUUCUCAUUGCUUCUGCUAAUAGUCUUCAUCCGGCAGCACCUGCAAGGGUUUUUUGUCACAAUUUGGGUUGCUGCUGUGCUGUUCAAAUCAAAUGGUAUUGUACAAAAGCAGACAGCUUUGAAGGGGGAGAGAAAGAUAAUAGUUCUCGUUGGAAUUUCUUUGGUGUUUGCUCUGCACAUCUUUGGGGUCUAUUGGUUGUAUCAGAAUGAUGAUCUUCUUUAUCCACUCGUCAUGAUUCCUCCUAAAUCUAUUCCACCGUUUUGGCAUGCUGUCUUCAUCAUUAUGGUGAAUGAUACUUUGGUUCGUCAGGCUACAAUGAUUAUUAAGUGCAUCCUGUUAAUGUAUUAUAAAAAUAGCAAAGGUCGUAAAUAUCGCAAGCAGGGUCAAAUGUUAACCUUGGUUGAGUACACAAUACUACUUUAUCGAGCAUUAUUGCCUGCACCAAUAUGGUAUCGUUUCUUCUUGGACAAGGAAUACGGAAGUCUCUUUUCGUCGUUGAUGACCGGGCUUUACCUAACUUUCAAGUUAACGUCAAUUGUUGAGAAGGUCCAAUGCUUCUUUACUGCGUUAAAGGCAUUGUCUCAUAAAGAGAUCCAUUAUGGGUCGUACGCAACAAUGGAACAGGUAAAUGCUGUAGGAGAUUUGUGCACUAUCUGCCAGGAGAAAAUGCAUGCCCCAAUUAUGCUGCGUUGUAAACAUAUAUUUUGCGAAGACUGUGUAUCAGAAUGGUUUGAGAGGGAAAGAACAUGCCCCCUGUGUAGGGCUCUAGUGAAAGCAGCGGAUCUGAGGUCAUUUGGGGACGGAUCAACAACUCUGUCUUUCCAGUUUUUCUAAGACGGGGACAUUAGUACUAUAUUUUCAAACCAAAUUGAACUGAAGUGUUGUUUCUAUUGUUGUUGGUAGGUUUGUAUCGAGAAACUCAAUUGUAUGUAUUUUGGGCGUCUAUAAUUUAAAUUUAAGAAACAAAAUAGAGAGAAUUCAACUA